AUAGAUAUUUCCAAUCCAAGGGCACUACACAUUCUAUUCAAAUCUCUAAAGCAUCGCGUUGCCAAAAUGCAAACGGCGGAUUCAAUGUCUUCCAAUGCGGUGAUCAUCGAUAAUGGUUCUGGUAUAUGCAAGGCGGGCAUCGCCAGCGACUCCACGCCAAGUGUCGUCUUCCCCUCAAUUGUGGGCAGACCGCGUCAUUUGAAUGUCAUCCUCGAUUCGGCAAUUGAGAACUGUUUGAUUGGAAACGAUGCGUCGCUGAAGCGCGGCAUUUUAACACUCAAAUAUCCGCUGGAACAUGGCAUCGUCACCAAUUGGGGCGACAUGGAGAAGAUCUGGAAACAUACAUACAAUCUCUUGCGCAUCGAGUCCGAUGAACAUCCUGUGCUGCUCACCGAACCGCCUUUGAAUCCCAAAAAGAAUCGCGAGAAGAUGACCGAACUAAUGUUUGAAUAUUUUCGUGUGCCAGCUUUAUAUGUGGCCAUUCAAGCGGUGCUCUCGUUGUAUGCCACAGGACGAACCAUUGGCAUUGUGGUUGACUCUGGGGAUGGUGUCACCCACUCGGUGCCCAUCUAUGAGGGUUACGCACUGCCCCACGCCUGCAUGCGUCUCGAUCUAGGCGGUCGAGAUUUGACCAAUUAUCUGGGCAAGUUGCUCAUGGAACGUGGUCACACACUGAGCACAAGUGCCGAGCUUGAGAUAGUCAGGGAGAUUAAGGAACGGCUGUGCUAUGUGGCCAGUGACUACGAUGAGGAACUGCAUCAGUUUGCCCAGCGCAAGGAUGAACUCAAUGAGUUGUACGAGCUACCCGAUGGCCGUACAAUUAAUGUGGGCAGCGAACGUUUCCGUUGUCCGGAGGCACUCUUCAAGCCCAGCAUGCUCGGCUUGGAGGUGCCCGGUGUCCAUGAGGACAUCUACAAUUCGAUACUCAAAUGUGAUAUGGACUUGCGACGGUCCAUGUACUCGAAUAUUGUUUUAUCGGGCGGCUCGACAAUGUUCCGUAAUAUCGAGGUGCGCCUGCAACGUGAUAUUGUCGCAUUGGCGCCGUCAACGAUGCGCAUCAAGAUCACCGCCCAUCCGGAACGUCGGUUCGCCGUUUGGUCGGGCGGUUCCGUUCUAGCGUCACUCUCCAGCUUCCAGAAUAUGUGGAUCGAUUCCGCUGAAUACGAUGAAGUCGGUCCCAGCAUUAUACAUCGCAAGUGCUUCUAAUCUGUGGCGAUUCCAAUUAUUUUAUACUUAUAUAUUUUUAAAAGUUUUAUGAAAUCAAAUAAGAACUUGUUAAAGUACCUUUCUACGUGAUAUGAAAUGAAAGCUUUUAUAAUUAAAUUGGUUUAAUGUA